AUGGCCAUCUCUCUGCCGACGCGCACGCAGAUCGACUUCGAUAGGCAGUUUCCUAACUCGAUCUCCUCGCCGGCCCUAACUCGCUCGAGCACGGUACCGACGAAUCUCGGCGGUCAGAGGACCGACCGAUCGCAUCUCGCGCCCGAAGAUGCUUUCUACGCACACUCGCCCCCGCGGCGGAUACCGCCGGCGGUAGCUUCCGCCGCUGGUGAUGGCCCUUCCUUGCUGAGGCAGAGGAAGAGGAAUGGAGGCGUGAAUGGGUCGGGGACGGGAACUGGAACGGGAACGGGGACAGGGCAUAGGUCGCGAAAGAGGAGGCGGAGCUGGAAGAAGCUUCUGUGGGUGGACAGAGUUUAUCCCGACAACUAUACAGACCAAGCGACAUUCCUCGAACAACUCCAACGAAACCCCCGCCUCCAACCCUACGACUUUUGGCCCCUCGUAGCCGACACGACUAUCAUAGUGCAGCACGUCUGCUCCGUCAUAAUCUUCGUCGUCGCCUUCGUCGCCAUUUUCCAAGAGCGCGUCACGCACAUCUCCAUCGUGACCUACAGCUCCGGCCUUACCUUUCUCGGCUGGCUCCUCUGGGAGCGCUGGGUCGCCGACGCGGAGGAUCGAGAGGAGGAGCAGAUCACGGCGGGGAACCCGCCUCCUACGACGACGUUGACGCGCGGGGGGAGUCGUCGGCGGACGGGCAGCAUUCGCCGCAGGGCGACACUUCUUCAGGAGGCGAGGGCGAUUCUUCCCACGGGUCUGGGCAUCACGACUACUUCGUCGACGACGACUACAACGACGACGACGACGACAAAGGAGAAUCUCAAUGCCGUAUCAAACCGUCUUCAAGAGUCUUCUACAUCCGCGCACCGCCACCAUAACCACCAUCCCCCUAGGAUAUCCGCAAACGGCAACGGCGCAUCUUCUUCCACAGUCACCUCUUCCUCCUCGACCUCUCACCUCGCCGAUUCGUCAACCACCACCACCCGCCCCAGCUCUAUCCCAACCCCGCGGAACAACACCAGUAACACCACCAGCAGAGGCACCGCAACCACCACAAUCCCCGAAACCCUCCCCCCAAUCCCGCAACCCAACCGCACCCACGAACGCCUCGCAACCAUAAAAUCCGCCCUCCUCAUCUCCUCCAUCCUCCUCGGCCUCUCCCCGAUCCUCAAAUCCCUCACCCGCUCCACCUCCUCCGACUCCAUCUGGGCCAUGUGCUUCUUCCUCCUCACCAUCAACAUCCUCUUCUUCGACUACUCCGGCGACGUCUCCGGCGCCAACUUCCCCGCUUCCUUAUCCACCAACGCGGCCCUCAUGGCUUCCACUAUGCUUGCUUCCCGCCUCCCCUCCACGGGGCAGGUCUUUUCGCUCACGGUGCUCUCUAUCGAGGUUUUUGGGCUGUUUCCCGUUUUUCGGAGAUAUGCGCGCCAUAGACCCUGGCGGUAUCACGUUCUCCUGACGACGAUACUCGUCCUCCUCUCCGGCGCGGGCGUCGGCCUCGUGCUCGGCGACGUCAACGCCGCGGCCUCGAGGACCGCGAGGAAUUGUCUUUUGGGCAUGUUAAUGGGCGCUGUUGUUGCUGCUUUGGCCAUGGGCGGGUGUAGUUGGUGGUUGAUUGGGUUACAGAAGUAUAAGAAUGAGAUUAAUGGGCCUUGGGAUGCGGCGAGGCCGGUUAUUAUUAGCAGGAGGUAUUACUGA